CUCAUUGCGUUUGCUGUUACCUAAAUUAUUAUUAUUAUUUGUUUAGCAUAGUUUCUUUGGAAGAUCAUUCUCCCGAGCUCUUUAAGAAAUAUUCUUGUCUAAGCUUAUUUAUACCCCAACCCAUUUUCACGUUGAAUCACAAUUAAACUUCAAACAAAAGCUAUAUAAUCACUUCCUCUUCGAUCUCUCAAGCAUCAUUACAUCAACAAAUCCUAUUCUCGUCAUGGCAGUAAUGACCACAGCAGCAGUUCCAGCAACGGGAUCUUUCCAGAAACAAGACGAGGAGUGGCGUGCGGUUUUGUCUCCUGAGCAGUUUAGGGUUCUCAGACUAAAAGGCACAGAUAAACGAGGCAAAGGAGAGUAUACAAAGAAGUUCGAGGAAGGGACUUAUAGUUGUGCUGGUUGUGGAACUGCUCUUUAUAAAUCAACCACUAAGUUCGACUCCGGUUGCGGCUGGCCGGCUUUCUUCGACGCCAUCCCCGGUGCUACUAAACAAACUCCAGAAGCAGGUGGAAGAAGAAUGGAGAUAACAUGUGCAGUGUGUGAUGGACAUCUAGGCCAUGUUUUCAAAGGAGAAGGUUACUCUACUCCAACUGAUCAGCGUCACUGCGUUAACAGUGUCUCUCUCAAAUUCGCUCCUGCUGAUUCCUCCCACUAAUCAUCAUUGAUCGGACCAAUUUAUGUCAUGUAAUCAAAGAAUUAUGUUCUAUGAUCUGUGAGAUGCUUGCUAGUUUACAUAUUCCUACUCAUGUAAUACUAUAAUAAAUCUUCGUUCAGUCAAUGUACGCUCUAUAGUUAUAAUAAACUUUGGUUACUCUAAAUA